AUGCCACAAGUCACCAAGCUUCUGAAUGAAUUGUAUAGAUCUGCAAACUCAAAGCAAUAUCCAAUUGCAAUCAUGAAUUUUAUUGUUCCAACCAAGGUGUACGAUGUCAAUGUAACACCAGACAAAAGAAAAGUCUUUUUCUCUGAUGAAGGCUCUCUUUUGAAGUCCUUAAAAGAAGCUUUGUUGGAGAUCUAUGCCCCACAUCUUGCUAGCUUUUCGGUACAGAGACCUAAGGAGCUCACUCAGGGAGGAAACAACUCAAAGCUUUGUUCUCCUCAUGGUAAGUCUUUUUCACAAUUUUCAUUAAAGCAAGCAUCGCCAGAUGGCACUGAUAGCAAACAAGAAGCAUACAGUGAGAAGCAACAUGUAGAAGUUGACACUGAUAUGCAUAAUGUGAAGAGACAUUGA